CGUGAGUCCACCACACCCCGGCCCCGAGUGGCUCCGUCCUCUGCCCCUUCAAUAUCACCCAAACGCCAGGGAUUCCCCACCAUUUCUGCCCGUUUCGGAGGACGCCUCCCGUCCGCCGUCCCCCUUGGGAGCUCAAACUUUCUGCCCAUUUCCCACCAAUCGCCUCUAGAUACAUCUACUUGUAGUCCGAAUCAGGCAGGCUAG